AUCACCUUGAAGGUGUAGACUGUGUUCAAUGGCAAAAGUCACGCCUUCUUUCUCAUUUUGCCUUCCACUUGAAACGGUGCAAGUAAACACAAGGCAACUGAAUUUGAGCACCAUUACAAUUUUGCCUUCACACAUGCACAGGCGUUAACUUCUUUCCUGUAUCGAGUCAGGCCUCUAGACUCAUAUUAAAGGCGUGAAGCUACAACUGCAAGUGAAUCACGCCUUCAAGUGCCAGUGCCGUCUGUUCCAUUUUUGUCCCCAUCUCCAAAAGUGCAUUUCCAAUUUUUCCGCUACAGAAAAAAUUCCCGGGAUACAUCAUCAGAAAAUCAUUUAGUAUAGUUCCAGGCAACAACUGAAAGUCAAACUCAAAGCCCUCUGAUCAUUUCACAGAGGUUUUAGCCCAGAAGACCCAAUAAACAAAUGUUAAAAAAAAAAAGAAGCCAGUAUUUACUACCUCUAAAGAAGGAAGAAACUCAUAAACAGUCUUGGCUCUUGAGUCAAUCCCAGUUUUUCCUCUACUCUUCUUGGAGCUUAGGAAUGGAUCAUCAUAAGCUGGUGGAAAAGAGAAGGAAGAGUACAAGGAAAUUCGUUCUUGCUUGUGCUGCUUUUGCAUCUAUUAACAAUGUCCUUAUCGGCUAUGAUGUAGGUGUCAUGAGUGGGGCAAUACUAUUUAUUAAAGAAGAUUUGAAGACAACAGAGGUGCAAGAAGAAAUUUUUCUUGGUAUCUUGAGCAUAAUAUCAAUUUUGGGUAUUUUAGCUGGUGGAAGAAUAUCUGAUGCCAUUGGGAGAAAACCAGCAAUGGGUUUAGCUGCUUUUGUCUUCCAAGCAGGAGCAGUCAUAAUGACUGUAUCCCCCACAUUUGAGGUACUAAUGAUAGGAAGAAUCUUGGCUGGAAUUGGAAUUGGUUUUGGAGUCAUGAUUGCACCUGUUUACAUUGCAGAGAUAUCACCUGCAUUUGCUAGAGGUUCCCUCUCCUCCUUUCCUGAGAUUUUCAUAAAUCUGGGAAUCCUUUUAGGUUUUGUCUCCAACUAUGCAUUUUCUGGUCUUCCAGCACACCUAAACUGGAGGAUAAUGCUUGCAGUGGGAAUUCUGCCUGCAGUCUUCAUUGCAUUUGCACUAUGCAUAAUUCCUGAGUCACCACGGUGGUUAGUUAUGCAGAACCGAAUUCAAGAGGCAAGGGCUAUUCUGUUGAAAACAAAUGAUAAUGACACAGAGGUAGAUGAGAGGCUAUCAGAAAUUCAAUUAGCUGCUGGAAUUACUGAUGCCGAGAAGCAUCAAAGCAAGGCUGUGUGGCGUGAAUUGCUAAGUCCUACUCCAGCACUUCGCAGGAUGAUGAUCACUGGUUUCGGAAUCCAGUGUUUCCAACAGAUUACUGGCAUUGAUGCAACUAUUUAUUAUAGUCCCAAGAUCUUUAAAGCUGCUGGUAUUGAUGGUAACUCAAACCUUCUUGCAGCAACAGUGGCUGUGGGGGUUACAAAGACGGCAUUUAUACUUGUAGCUAUUGUUCUUAUCGACAAAGUUGGGAGAAAGCCACUGCUCUAUGUGAGCACAAUUGGUAUGACUUUAUGUCUGUUUACAUUGGGAACCAGCCUUUCCAUUCCGGGAGAGGGAUCUGUCGGAAUAGCAUUGGCAAUACUAUCAGUCUGUGCAAAUGUAGCUUUCUUUUCCGUGGGUAUUGGUCCCGUUUGUUGGGUUUUGACUUCUGAAAUCUUUCCUUUGAGGCUAAGAGCUCAAGCAUCAGCACUUGGAGGAGUUUGCAGCAGAGUAUGCAGUGGCCUGAUUGCUAUGUCCUUCCUCUCUGUUUCGCAUGCAAUUACUACGGCUGGGAUCUUUCUUGUGUUUAGUUUACUUUCAGCAAUUUCUGUUGCCUUUGUCUAUACAAUGGUUCCAGAAACUAAAGGUAAAUCUCUGGAGCAGAUUGAGCUGCUGUUCCAAAAUAAUAUCUGCGGAGGUUUUGGUAUCAAAAAUUUCAUCUCCUCAAAGUUUCUUGGCGACAAACAUAAAGUGUCAGCACGCACAGCUUGAGAUGAUACAAGUAGGACAGUUUGGGCAGGAAUUUGUAGCCUCAACUUUUGGUUAGUCCUACGUAUAGAGCCACAUGUAUCUCUUUCCUUUUUUUUUUUUCUUUUUUUUGUACAUAAUGGUCUUGCUUCUGACUGCUUACUCUUCAAUAUCAAAAGCCUCCUUUUAAUUUCAUUAAAAAUGUUUUAUACCACAGCAAGAUCUGUAUUCUGAA